AUGUCUCUGUGCGGAGUGAAGGAACCCACCGUGAAAUACCUGAAAACCAGCCCAGAGCCUGAGCCCACCGCCCCGGGCCGGACCAGCCAGUAUUACCGGGUGAAACCUGGCGUUCCCGAGAGAUUCGAGCAUCCGAGCUGUUUCCAGGGAUACGGAUCUCAGCCAACAAACCCGCUCUACAGAACGACAAACCAAACUUACGGCAGUCAGCAGCCAACUGUUCAUGAAAUGCCGACCAGUUACUUUACAGUAUCUCAGAAACUUUCUGAACAUUUAAGUAAAUGUGGGAUGUACAAGGACCACGGAUUUAACGUGGGCACGGAGAAAUCGCUGGUCACUGGACCAGAAAACCUGAUCACAUUCCAGGAUCGGCUGAACUUUCAUCGCUCCUAUUUCUCCGCUGGUCCUUCCUACACAGAUUAGGCAAGGCCCCGUGUCCACGCAAACUC